AUGGCGCCGCGAAGCCCGUGGACGAAACAGCUGCUGCGAGAGCACCACGCGGAGAUUGGAAGAGUUCCAUUCAAGAGGACGCAGCAGCAGGCACGUGGGAAGGUGGGGCGAGAAGGCAAGCGUGUGCAGGAGCACGAGGCAGCUGCGGGGAAGCGGAAGCGCUAUGAUGCUGCUAAUGACGACUGCCAUGGCGGUCGCACCACGUCCCCAGAUGCAGAGACAGGACGCUCCAGUGGCAGUGGCAAGUCAAGGCGGCGGCGCACAACAGCUGGACGUCCUCCAGAGCGCGCGUCGUCACCCGCGCUCCCCCUCGUCACCCGCACCCGUCCUCGCCACCCGCGCCCGCCCUCGUCUCUCGCGCCUGCACGGGAUAGAAUGCCUCCCCUCGUCAUGCGUUUCCCUUCGUCCCCCGCGUUUCCCUUCGUCACCCGCGUUUCCCUUCGUCCCCCGCGUUUCUCUUCGUCACCCGCGUUUCCCUUCGUCACCCGCGUUUCCUUUCGUCACGCGCGUUUCCCCUCGUCACGCGCGUUUCCCUUCGUCGCGCGCAUUUCCGCUCGUCGCGCACGCGCCUUCUCGUCACGCGCGCUUCCCCUCGUUGCGCGCUCUCCUCCCCUCGUCACGCGCGUUUCCCCUCGUUACGCGCUAUCCUCCCUCGUCACGCACGCUUCCCCUCGUGACGCGCACUCCUCCCCUCGUCACGCGCUCAACCAUUCACUCGCGAUCUUCCCUCUGUUUACCACCCAAUCUAUUAUCCUUUGCCUCACCUGCUUCCCCCCUCCCUCCUCCCUGCUUCCCCCCUCCCUCCUCCCUGCUUCCCCCCUCCCUCCUCCCUGCUUCCCCCCUCCCUCCUCCCUGCUUCCCUGCUUCCCCCCUCCCUUCUCCCUGCUUCCCCCCUCCCUCCUCCCUGCUUCCCCCCUCCCUCCUCCCUGCUUCCCCCUUCCCUAUGCCCUGCUUCUCCCCUCCCUAUGCCCUGCUUCCCCCCACCUCCGCCCUGCUUCCCCCCCCCCUCCGCCCUGCUUCCCCUCUCCCUCCGCCCUGCUUCCCCCCCACUUCCGCCCUGCUUCCCCCACACCUCCGCCCUGCUUACCCCCUCCCUCUGCCCUGCUUUCCCCCACCUCUGCCCUGCAUACCCCCACCCUCAUAGAGGUGCGCGUCACGCACCAGGAAGAGGGGGAAGAGGAGAAGGAGGAGAUAGGAAGAGGGGGAGGAGGAGAAGGAGGAGAUAGGAAGAGGGGGAGAAGGAGAAAAGGUGAGAGAAGGAUUCGGGGGGAUAGGGAAGAUGGGAGAGGUAGGAGAGGAGAAUGGAUGAUGGAGGAGAGGGGAGGGAGGGGAUUCGACGAGGGAGGAGAGGAAACGGAGGAGAUUGGACGACGAAGGAGAGGGAAAGGAAUAGAGGAACAGGGGCAAGCAGCGGGAGAAGAUGAGGGAAAGGAAAGGGAGAAAGGAGGGGAAGCAGGGGGGGGGAAAGGAGGGGAAGCAGGGGAGGAAAAAGGGGGAAGCAAGGGGGGGAAGGAGGGGAAGCAGGGGGUGAAUGGAGGGGAAGCAGGGGCGGAAAGGAGGGGAAGCAAGGGGGGAAAGGAGGGGAAGCAAGGGGGGAAAGGAGGGGAAGCAAGGGGGGAAAGGAGGGGAAGAAACGGGGGAAAGGAGAGAAAUCAGGGGAAUUCGCGCCUCAUCCCCUUAUGCGCCUCAUCCCCUUACGCGCCUCAUCCCCUUCCGCGCCUCAUCCCCUUCCGCGCCUCAUCCCCUUACGCGCCUCAUCCCCUUCCGCGCCUCAUCCCCCUCCGCGCUUCAUCCCUUUCCGUGCCUCAUCCCCUUCCUUGCACCCAGGAGCGCGCGCUGCUCGUCGCCGGAUCGCACGCUGCGCGUAGCAGGGAGCGCGCACUGCUAGACGCCCGAAGUGGGCGCUGCUAG